AUGAGGAGCUGCAAGAUGGUGCGGGUGGCCAGCGUGCUGGGGCUGGUGAUGCUGAGCAUCGCGCUGCUCAUCCUCUCGCUCAUCAGCUACGUCUCGCUCAAGAAGGACAACAUCUUCGGCGCGCCCCGCGCCGCCGGCCCGGGCGGGCCCCGCAUGUACAUGUUCCACGCGGGAUUCAGGUCCCAGUUUGCGCUGAAGUUCUUGGACCCUUCCUUCGUGCCCAUCACGAACUCCCUGACCCACGAGCUGCAGGAGAAGCCCUCCAAGUGGGCCUUUAACCGUACAGCCUUCGCCCAUCAGAGGCAAGAAAUCCUUCAGCAUGUGGACGUGAUAAAGAACUUCUCCCUGACCAAGAGCAGCGUGCGCGUCGGGCAGCUGAUGCACUACGACUACUCCAGCCACAAGUACGUGUUCUCCAUCAGCAGCAGCUUCCGCUCGCUGCUGCCCGACGUGUCUCCCGUGCUGAACAAGCACCACAACGUCUGCGCCGUGGUGGGCAACAGCGGCAUCCUGACGGGCAGCCAGUGCGGCCGCGACAUCGACGGGGCCGACUUCGUGUUCCGCUGCAACUUCGCCCCCACCGAGGCUUUCCAGAAGGACGUGGGCAGGAAAACCAACCUCACCACCUUCAACCCCAGCAUCCUGGAGAAGUACUACAACAACCUCCUGACCAUCCAGGACCGCAACAACUUCUUUUUGAGUUUGAAGAAGCUGGAUGGGGCCAUCCUUUGGAUCCCCGCCUUCUUCUUCCACACGUCAGCCACCGUCACGAGGACUCUGGUUGACUUCUUUGUUGAGCACAGAGGGCAGCUGAAGGUCCAGUUGGCUUGGCCAGGAAAUAUAAUGCAGCACGUUAACAGGUACUGGAAGAACAAGCACUUGUCGCCUAAGCGGCUGAGCACAGGUAUUCUCAUGUACACCCUUGCUUCUGCCAUAUGCGAAGAGAUCCACUUGUAUGGAUUCUGGCCCUUUGGGUUCGAUCCCAACACGAGGGAGGACCUCCCUUACCACUACUAUGAUAAGAAGGGAACAAAGUUCACGACCAAGUGGCAGGAGUCCCACCAGCUGCCUGCAGAGUUCCAGCUGCUCUACAGGAUGCAUGGUGAAGGACUGGCCAAACUCACCUUGUCUCAUUGUGCCUAA